AUGCACGACCCCGAAAUACCCCCAAUAGCCUCGGAUGCAUACAUCUCUCCCAUGUCGUUUUCACAAUCUUGUAAAUGCGACGAAGAGGUUUCCGAUCUCGUCCGGAACCUGAGCCGCGCCAAUAUGUCGCACGAUAUCGUUCCGAUGCUUCGCACAGGAGUAUCACUCACAGAGAGACUAUUGACCUGUCCUACUUGCUAUGACGUAUCCAAACCGCCUCGAUUGACGGUUCAGAAUGUGCUCCUCAUUGGUCAACUCAUGCUUGAAAUAACAUCCAGCUACCAAAAAUACAUCCGGUGGCUGAAUGAACACUGUACUGAGCUCGAUAUUAGGAAUGAAACGAGGACUGUGUAUCUUGACUCCGGUCUCGGACUCCCAUCAAAGCUGAAUUUGGAAGUCAGUGGCGAGAAACUCCGAGAUCUUGUCGUGCACGGCCUCCUGACAGAUGCCGAGCGGCUCUUGAUGCUUGGGAGACACUUUGCGCAACGACAACGUAAUCGUCAUAUGGUCGGCCACGAAGCUUGCCCCAGUCCGGAAGGACGCUGUCGGCGAAAGGAGGAUGCUGCUGAUCACGAUCCGCUAGAUCUCUGUCCGCAUGAUCCGGUAGCACGGAAGCUGGUGCCUUGUUUCCGUAUCGUCGAUGAAGUCCGGGGAAUGAUCAAGCAAGUCGCAGAUGCCAUUGUGUGA